UUUCUUCCCGAGUUACUGUUCCUUGAAUCAUCAUAGGUAGUUGAUUGUGAAUUCAGUAUGAAUCUCAAACUUUCAGUAGGCCUCGUGCUGCUCAUUCUGGUUGUUAAUGCAUUCGCAUUUGUCCCUCCACCAUUAAAGAAAAAUGAUGACGACAGCUCUGAAAGUUCGGAAGAUUCUACUGAAGUAAAGGUCAAAGCCGAAUGGGAAACAAAGUGUAAAUUUGUAAUCAAGAACGUACUGGGCAUUUUCAAGAAUUGGACAAGAGAUUAUCCAGAAAAGGAGGAUGUUUUCGUUGAUAGUCUAUACAGUACAAUAAAAAGCAUGCAUGUGCAGAAGAUCCAAAAGUGGAAAGAAUGGAAGAAAAAUCAGGACGAAGAAGAUGAUAGUGACGUGUGGAAGAAAUUCGCAAAUGCUUUUAAAGGUCUCGGAAAAGGCGGGAAAAAGUUAUUGGAAAAAAUAUCCGGCAAGAACGGUAAAGGGGGUAAGAAGAAGAAACAAAAUCAACAGUACAAACCAAGUAACGACAACUUUGAUUUUCUUGAAGACUUGAACAAGAACCUGUACGAAAUGGCUGGUGAGGUUGUUGCUAUUGAUUAGAAAAUAAAAACGGCUGCAUCUUUCAUUACUUCCCUUGAAAAUGCUUUCCAGAUCAAGAAACGAUAAAUGAAUAAAAAAUAAUAAUCUGA